AUGCACGAGAAGAACGAGAAACGGUUCUACAACUACGACACUCCACAGAACCCAAUCAGAGGUGUCAACAUCGGUGGGUGGUUGGUGCUAGAACCGUACAUCACGCCAUCGCUGUUCGAGGCCUUCAGGACAAACAACUACAACGACGACGGCAUCCCAGUCGACGAGUACCACUACUGUGAGCAACUGGGCUACGACGAGGCUAAGAGCAGACUAGAACAGCAUUGGAGCUCCUUCUACACAGAGAAGGACUUUGCCAACAUCGCCUCGCAAGGUUUCAACUUGGUCAGAAUCCCUAUCGGGUACUGGGCCUUCCAAGUGUUGCCCACAGACCCUUACGUCAGCGAGAUCCAGGAACACUAUUUGGACCAAGCGAUCCAGUGGGCUGAAAACAACGGGCUCAAAGUCUGGGUCGAUCUUCACGGUGCCGUCGGGUCCCAGAACGGGUUCGAUAACUCCGGGUUGAGAGACUGCAUCAAGUUCUUGGAGGAGGAAAACUUGAACGUCACUAACUCCGUAUUGAACUACGUGCUAACUAAAUACUCCGACGAGAAGUACCUGGACACAGUCAUCGGUAUUGAACUGAUCAACGAACCCUUGGGGGAAGCUUUGGACAUGGACAAGAUGAAGAACGACUACUUACUCCCAGCGUACAACCACGUCAGAAACAACCUCAACAGCAACCAGGUCAUCAUCAUCCACGACGCGUUCCAGCCAUACAACUACUGGGAUGACUUCCUACCACCAAGUGGUGAGUCCUGGGGGGUCACCAUCGACCACCACCAUUACCAAGUGUUCGCCCCUGACCAACUGGACAACCAGUUCGAAAACAAGAUCCACACCGCCUGUGAGUGGGGGAACGGGGUCUUGGACGAGUCCCACUGGUCUGUCGCAGGUGAGUUCUCAGCCGCGUUGACCGACUGUACCAAAUGGUUGAACGGUGUCGGUGUCGGCCACCGUUACGACGGGUCCUUCAACAGAGGCGAGGGCCAGACGUCGUACUACAUCGGUUCCUGUGAGGACAACGAGAACAUCUUCUCGUGGUCCGAGGAAAGGAAAGUCAACACCAGGAAAUUCGUCGAAGCUGAAUUGGACGCCUUCGAAAAGAGAGGUGGCUGGAUCAUAUGGUGCUACAAGACAGAAACGAGUAUCGAAUGGGGGGUCGACAGACUGAUCGCCAACGGCCUGUUCCCUCAACCAAUAACGGACAGACAGUACCCAGGUCAAUGUGAUUGA